GAUGGGAGUGUCUCCUAAAAUAGCGCUCUACAGUCAAGAGACAAAGUGUUCUAGGAAAUGAAUCACAUCCGUUACGACAGAUUGACGCCAACAGCAAUUAUGUGUAUGUUCAAAUAGUUUAGGAAGAUGUUGAGACUGUAGAGAUGUGAAUACGAUUUCAAUAACAACUGGUCAAAUAUGUCGUGCAAGAAAAAAAGUCAAACUGAUAGAAAAGUAUCGACUGACCUAGCAGACUUAUCCAGUCUUCGGGAUGAGAAUCAAGAUACAAAAAGUACAGACCUUUGUUUUUCUCAAGAAACCUGUGAACUUAAUGAAAAAAAUUAAAAAAAAAUUAGACUGACAGACACAUGUAUUUAAACUAUUUAAGUUUUUCUUAAGGAUCAGACUGACAUAGCAGCCUUCUCCAGUCUUGGGGAUGAGAAUCAAGAUAUAGAUUCUUAUCAUUUCACCAGUGACCAGUCCAAAGUCCAGUCAGAUGAGUUUGAAGGUCCACUAAUUGGUGAUCAUGAAACUCAGGAGUCAGAAGGUGGAGAAGCUGAUCUACACAAAUAUCUUAUGGGCUGUAAGAAGAAUCCAGGUCAUAGACAGUUUAUACCUGUUGAUACAUUCACCUUGAAUCAUUUACCUGAAGGUCUUCAAGACAAAGAUUUGUAUGAAUACAUCAAAGUUAUAGCUGACCUCACAGUUAGAGUUGGUGUGGAAAUGUCAAGUCCAGGCAGACCAAAGUUUUAUCCAAAGACAACUCGACCAUAUCCAUUUUUUAACAUGAGUGAGAGAAGAAACUUGAGGACAGGAAGUGGAAAAGUGUGGGAUGUAAACAAGUUUCAAAAUGGAGUCAAACAAGAUGGAAUCAGACAAGAUGAAGGUUAUGAAGAUACUGACUACACAAAGUGUUGGUGUAGAAAAUGUGAAGGUUCAAACUCACCCAGCAAUGUGUGGUGGGAGUUUAAUGUGCUCACAGCCACACAUGUGGUUUUUGAUGACAUUGAGGCCAACCACACAACCUUGAGAUUGUUUUAUGAUAGACAUGACAGUCCAGUGGUCAGUGUUGAUAAGGUCAGUGUUAGAUUUGUAAACAUUGAGUUUGACUGGUGUGAGUUGUACUGUGUGACAUGUGAUGAAACUUUAGGAAAUAAACUGAUGGGAAUGUGCAAACAUUAUGAAAAUGUCUGGAGGAAAGUCUUGAACAAAUACAAAGCCUCUAGAUCUAAACACAAGUUGACCUUUAUAGUGUCACAUCCUCAUGGAUGUUCUAAACAGGUCAGUGUUGGUCAAUGGAAGGACAUACUAAAGGUAGAUGGUAGAUCUAAGUUUACUUAUACAACUUGUACAUGUCCAGGAAGUAGUGGAGCAUAUGCCCACUGUCUGGGGAAUAGAGACCACUGGGCUUGGUCUACUCUUGUCCACAGUGGAAGUCUCAAGUCUGGAUUAAAUUACAGUGGAGCUGGUCUUGCCUGGUGAGUUGUUUCCCUUGUGAGUUGUCCAGCUCCACCUUGAAGAUGUCUUUGAGAACCCUUGACAUUCUGAACCUCAAACUCAAAUCUCUUUAGUCUUGAGUUAUGUAAAUAAAUUGUGUAUGUUAUCUUUAAA